UGAUGACAAAACAACACAACCAACACACUUGGGAGGUGUGUACGUUGUAGACAGUAGAUGUUUCCCUUGCACCUAGGAUUUGGUAAAGAAAGAGUAAAGAGAAGCCUCCUUCGAAUGCAAGGAGACAAAGGGUAUCUUCGCAAAUCUCUGAUGUGAUAAUAUUCACAAUAAAAGAUUUCCAAAAUGUCUUGGGCGAGUGAACUGCCAGGUGAGCUCGUGUGUCGCCCGCUUGGCCUGGUGGCGUUGACCGGUCUGGACACGACGUACAACGCGGUGCACAAAGCCAUAUGGGACUCGUUCUUCAACAAUAGACGCAAUGACCGUGUGCCGCUGCAGUUCAAAGUGUGCACCGCUGAUCACGAGUACCCGAAGUGUAAACAAAAGAGAACUUCGUAUGAGUGGUACAUCCCAAAAGGGAUUCUCAAGACCCACUGGCUGCAGAAGCACCUACAGGAAAUCCCGUCUGUCGUCGUUGUGUUCUUUGACCUGGACUGGGAUGAGCCGUUGUGGAAGGAGCGACAGAUGGAGUGCUCGACUCGCGUCGAGAUUGUUCGAAACAGCCUGCAGGGUCGUGGGACGAAGAUAGCUGUUGUGCUCAUCCAGAAGAACGCGCCCCUUCCUCCAGGAGAAGACCUGAUGGCGGCGGAGCGGGCCGUGUCUCUGUGUUCAGCGUGCGAGAUCUCUGCCAAGUCGCUGUACGUGUUGCCUCACACCGACCACCUCAUUGGCUACACGGUCAGACUUGAGAACGCCUUCUAUGAGCAGGCCCAGGCUUACUACCACCAGGAGGCUCGCAAAGUCAAGUCUCACAAAGACUUCCUCAACAAGACCACUCAUCAGCUGCUGUUCGUCAGACAUCAGUUCAAGAGCGCCUUCUUCAACGAGCUCAAGCAAGACUCACACACCGCCAUCAAGCACUACAAGCAGGCGUACGGCUACAUGCUAGAUCUACGCAUGCACGACACAAACAUGCUGGAGGUGAAGACUGUGGCCGGCUUCAUCAACUACAAGAUUUGCAGGCUGUCAUUCCAACAUAAUGCUCCUUUGGAUGCGAUAGCACAGUUCAGGAAACACAUUGACUUUUUCAAGUCAAAGACGGGCAUUCCGGAACUUUCUUUUGAGCACAGUGCAUGGAUGUCGAAGCAAUUUCAGGUGUUUGGCGACUUGUUUGACGAGGCGAUCAAACUGGGCCUGACGGCGAUCCAGACGCAGCACCCAGGAUUUUACUACCAGCAGGCGGCCAACCACGCCAUCUUCCGCAAACAGCUGUGCCAGGGGCUCUGCAUGCAACCUCAAGAGAUGAAGAGCCCGGACGAGAUAGCCGACUACCUCGGGCCGACUGACUUCUACGGCCAACGCAAGUGGAGACAGGGCCAUCAGAGUAUCGAGCCUCCAGACCUGCAGAAGGAGCGGGAAGGAAUUCUCUCCCUUCAGACCAAAGAGCGACAAGUGGACCACUCGUGGCUGAUCAUCCCUCUAUUGAGCAGCGCUGUGGCACAGUUCCGCAAGUACAAGUCUCCACGCAUGAAGAGAUUCCUCAUGGUACAGAUGGGAGAGGAGUACUAUCACGCCAAAGACUACGUCAAGGCUCUCAUCCUCCUGAACAAGGUGACAUGGGACUACCGCGGCGAGCGCUGGUGGUCGCUGCUCACCUCCAUCCUGGAGACGUCGCUCAAGUGUGCCUACCUGACCGCCAAAGUGCAGGAGUACGUCUCCAACAGCAUGGAGCUCAUCGGGCGAUAUGCUCAGUGCAACCACGACGCGAAGGUCAGAGUUCAGAUGAAUCUGAUUCGUGUGAUGACGAACGACGUGCCAGAACCAGAGCCCGGACUAGACCAGGCCUGUGUGGAGAAAGCUGCCGGUCUGUGGGCCGCUGCGAGGAACCAGCAGAACUCCUUCACCAUAGACAUGCACGGCCUGUUACCUUUUAUUGAGACGAAAGCGUGUUUUGUCAGUGAAGUGGUGUCUGCAGAUCAUGAAAUCACUGUGGAAGUUUGCUUAAGAGUGGGUUGUCCUUUCCCGGUGCGUCUGUCCAAGCUCAUGGUGUUGUUUACCAAUCAGAAAUACAACCCGCACUGCCUCCUGAUCGACCGGCGCGGCAUCUCGGCCUCCUCCGAGAGUGAAGUGGACAGCGGGGAUUUGUACCUGAAGCCGGAGGAAGCUCGUGUCUUCUCUUUCUCCUUCCUGCCCCUCACCGAAGAUGUGGGGAAACAGAUAGAGAUUUCCUCCCUGGCCCUAGAGAUGGGUUCGGAGGCCGGCUGUUGUGCCGUGCUGCGCUGGACGGGGGGAGGGGGAGACAACUUACUGCAGCCCCUGGGCCCCGCCCGGCCCGUCAUCAAACCGACCACGCCCGGAGUUCCCGUGGACUGGAACGCUUUUGUGGUCAACCCAGUCAUCAGAGUGAACCCGCGUAAGGCUCACGUGGAGGUCAAGUCAAGCCACGAGCCACCGUGUCUGCUCAACGAGAUCUACCUGGUCAGCGUGCUGGUGGACAACAAGGAAGACUCCGACAUUAAGGACGUCCGGGUCUCCCUGGGCCUCCAGGCUUCGGAGGAGAAUCAGGAUGAUUCAACCCAAGUCUGCUCCAGCGUGUCCGAGUUUGAGGAGGACAAGACCAGUAACACGUGCCAGUUGGAGAUUGGUGUGCUGCGGAAGGGGGAGUCGGCAAAGAAAGAAUUCUACAUCAAGUGCUUGCAUGCUGGAAACAGAACCUUCAUUUCCACAGUGAACUACAAGGUGGACGUCAUGGUGGACAAGCAAGGAAUCUGCUGCGACUGCCAGGCAGAGGAACAAAUCUCGCUGACCACCGUCCGGCCGUUUGACGUGUCCAUCAAGCUGGAGUCUCUCAAAUACGAAACCAUCGAGGCGGUCCACGCGGACGACCCGUUCCUGCUGACCACAGACAUCCGCUGCUCCUCUCCCUGGUCCAUCGACAUCAAGGACAGCUCCGUCAAUCUGAGUGAGUUCAUCCACACGGCGUGCGACCCCCAUGAGUCUCAGAUCGCUGGAGUACGCCUCCACAAGUCGGACUGCGGCGCAGAGAGCGUGUGUCUGGUGGCCUCGUCCUGCGUCCAGCCCUCCGUGUCGCUCGGCACCUACACGCUCGAGUGGAGAAGACUGUCGUCCGGUAGCAAAGAGUUGCCGUACGUGCAGAGUCGUUUCCCCUUGCCCACGGUGAACAUCGAGCACAUCCCGAUCACGGUCCACGUGGCCGUGCCGGCGUUCGGCCGCGUCAAGACAUUGCUGCCGCUGUGCUACGUGGUGAAGAACCGAACCCCGUACGUUCAGGAGAUCCAGAUCAGCAUGGAGUCCACGGACAGCUUCAUGUUCUCGGGGAACAAGCAGAGCCAACUGCGAGUAUUGCCGGGCCAGGAGUACAAGCUCCACUACAACUUCUUCCCCCUGGUGGCAGGUCAGGUGACCCUUCCCAGGCUGCACCUGGACAUGAUGCGCUACCCGGGGACCAUGGAUGACAUCAUCAACAAGAUGCUGCCCACGCACAUAUUUAUACGGCCUAUUGGAAAGACACCCCCAGGAUCUACCUAAGGUUUUUAGAACUGCUUUCUUCCUAAGUGUGCAAUAGAUAUAUUCAUUAUAAUAUUCUGUAUGUGGAUUGCUUGAUGCGAGCUGAAUAGAUGAUAAAUAAAAGUUACCAGAGUAUGUUAUGGUGUUUAUAUCUGCAAGAUAAAAGUUUUCUGAACAUAUGUUAUGUAUCGCUUGUAUUCAUUUUAUUUUCCCUCUUUAUGGCACUUUUAUAUAUGAGGAAGAUUUAUGUAUGUAAAGAAAUGUUAGCUUUUCGUUGAGUGGCUAUAAAGGUGUAUCCUUGAGCAAUACACCUCAGUAUUCUCUCUCUUUUAUUCUAUGUGUCUGUCGGUCUCUGUCUUACUCUGUCUGUCUGUCUCUUCUCUUCUCCCCCCCCUCCCUAUACUGUGAUGGCAAGUAGUUGUGGAGAUGUGUCUGUCUGUCUGUCUGUCUGUCUGUUUUGGACAAAUAGUACAGUGCAUGCUGCGUGAAUGAAAACGUGAUGGUUGGUGAAUCCCAAAGUUCCUUGAGGACAAUUAGAAUAGUGGUGAUUCCCGUCCUCACAUUACUUGCUCUUUUUUUUUUUUUUUAUCUUGUUGAUAAUGCCUGGAAAAAGCGUACUCAUUAAAAUAAAAGCAUCUUGUCUGGGGCAUUUUGGACUUUACUUUUAACAUUCCAGAAAUGUCCAUCCUAUGUUAACACUGCACACAGAGCAGAGAGCCUUGUAUAUUGUCCUUAUUCACAGCCGUGGUCAAGUCUUCAACCACAGUACCAGUCUAUCGAUGUGUUUUGUACAAUACUGUAAUCUACGUGUAUUUUCUCCAUCAUAAAGACAACAAGAGAUGACUGGGUCAGAAAUCUUUUUUUGGUGAGGCGGUCAGAGUGGGUGCAAGUGGAAUGUGUUUUGUUCUGGCGAUGGUUUUUAAAAGUAUUUUAUUUUUCUAGACUUGUGUUUAAAAUUGAAGCUUCUGGUGAUCAUUGGGAAUAAUUUUCGAGACCGUGUAGCAUUUGCAGCUUACAAAUAAUAUGGUGGGUUAAAAGCUUUCUCUAACUCUAAGUAAUGACAGUAUGGACGCGUUUUAUAUGUGGUUAUUUAUCUCUUUGGUGAAUUGGGGGCCUCUGCUUGAUGGUCUAAAUCUGUGAAAACAAUGAGGCUAAAAUGAUCUAAUAUUCAUAUUAUAUAUACAGACUGCCAAGUUUCUUCAGAAGUAUUUAACACACACACACACACCCUUCCCCCCUCCUUCUAUUUGGACAGCUUCGUAUCAACGUGUGAUCAUUUAUCUAUUCGGGUGGAUAGUUUGCUCUCUUUGACGGACAAUUGUAUGACUGUAUGUCGUAAAUGCACGUUCGUUCUCACUUUGAAUAUUUCAUAUAUAUAGAAAUAUUUGUAGUUGUUACUGUCAGAAUGGUUUGAAUAAACUGAAUGUCUUCACUGGUA